UUGCAGACAGUCUGAGGCGCCACUUACUCGUGCUACGGAACAGUUGGCGCGUGAGCGAGUUUCUUAACUCCUCGCCAUUGGAAUCGGAGUCGUGUAUUCUCUCACACCAUCCUGCUCCUGCUCCUGCUCCUGCUCCCUUCCCAUCCGGUCUCCCUUUCUUUUCGCGGCCUCGCCUCGCCUCGCCUCGCCUCGCCGGCGGCCUGGUGGUCGCGGUCUCGCUCCAGCACCGAUAAAGCCCACCUCGAGUUCUGCUCUGCUCCACCCCCCGGUACCGGAAUGCAGAUCCGCCAGGACCUGGAUUGAUUCCUUCUUCUGUGAUCAAUCAAAAGUGAAAGGGCUUCAGCCGCAGCUUGUGGUGGAAUCGGAGCUUCUUAUCCGAGAGCAGACAUGGAGCAGAGUAGUGAUGGGUUGCCAAUCAGCCAGCGGAGGGCUAACAGUUCAACAAAACACUCAAGCAAGUCAGAUGAGGUUGCUGAAGACAUGUUGCAGAGUAAUAUACCACAUGAAACUGUGAGACUGUGCCAAGGUGUGGAAUCAGAAGAGAUAGAGGGACCUCCUCACAAGAAAAUUGUCCAGAACUUCACGGAGAGCAGUAGUUCCAAAAAUAAAAAACACAGAUGGUCAUCAGAGGAAAAUGAGGCACUAAAGCAAAUGGUAAAAAAAUAUGGGACGAAAAACUGGCGAACUAUUGCAUGUGCUAUACCUGGCCGAAAUGCCAACUCAUGCCUUUCAAGAUGGAAGUACCUUCUAGACCCAGCAAUAAACAAAGAGCCUUGGUCGCAACAGGAGGAACUAAGAUUGAUCCGUGCGCAGCAAGUUUAUGGAAACAAAUGGUGUAAAAUGGUCAAACAUUUCCCAGGGAGGACAAAUGAUGCACUCAAAGAACAUUGGAGAAGUCCUAUGAAAAGAAAACUGGAUUCAUAUUUGGCCUCAGGAUUGCUCGAACAUGUUCCAGACCUGCAAGAUGAUGUAUCAUUUCCACAGACACAGAACAAUCAAUCAGAUAUUCCAAAGGACUGCAAAGCUGCAUCUGAUAGAAAUAGAUUUUCAUCACGUUUAUCAACAGACCCCAAACUUAAACAAGAGCUCACAGAACUGGAUGAAAAUGGUAAUACAUCAGCAAGAAAAAGCUCUGACUUAUUCUAUGCUAAAGCACCUGAUACCCAUUCAGCCAAAAUCUCAGAAAUGAGAAUGGCCAAAUCACAGCAGUGUGCAGGAACAAGAAAGAAGCUGGCUUUUCUGUCAACUCCAGUGGAGCUCAAGAGUGUUGUACCGCAUGAAACCACCAAACAUUGCCAAGAUAUGGAACCAGAAAAGACAGAGGGCCCACUGUGCAAGAGAAAUUCCCACUGCAUCAAGGAUGGAAGUAGUUUGAAAAUUCCCGAAAGUACCAAAGGCAAAUGGUUAGCAGAGGAAAAUGAAAUUCUCAUUAAAAUGGUUACCAAACAUGGGAAAAACUGGCAAACUGUAGCAUUUGCUAUACCUGGCCGAGAAGCAAAACAAUGCCAAAUCAGGAGAGUUGCGUAUCAUUAUAUUAAGAAGAAAAGAUGGACACGCAGUCUUGACCCAGCAAUAAAGAAACAGGAUUGGUCAGAACAGGAGGAUCUAAAAUUGAUUCGAGCUCAUCAAAUAUAUGGAAGUCAGUGGCUUAAAAUGGUCAAACAUUUCCCUGGGAGGACAAAUCAUGCACUCAAAGAACACUGGAGAAAUCGUAUCAAAGGAAAACUGAAUUUUUAUUUAGCCUCAGGAUUGCUAGAACAAGUUCCGGACCUGGAAGAAGGUGGUAUAUCAGUUCCAGAGAGCAGUCAGUCAGAAAUUCCGAAGGACAGUCAGGGUUCAGCUGACAGGAGUGGACCGCCACCAGUUUUACGAGCACAGCCCAAAUCUAAACCGGAACUCCCAGAAAACGCUGGUACAUCAGGAGAAGGAACUUCUGAUUCCAUUCGUCUUAAAGGGCCCAACGCCCAUCCAACCGAAGUUUCUGAAAAGGUAUUGGCUAAAUCAAAGCAGCGUGCCAGAGCCAGAAGGAGAUUGGAUUUUCUGUCAACCCCAGUGGAGCUCAAAUUGUGCACUGCUGCGGCAAGUUGUCAAAGGCCUCCCCAGAAAAUGGAUCAACCGGGUCCAGUGGCCGAGAACAUCUCUCCGUCAGAUGCAUGUCAAGACAUUUCACAGAAUGUUCCACCAGAGCGUGCGGAUGCCAUCACACCGCUGGCUGCUAGUAACCACCAUUCACCAGCGACACCAGUUGAUCCAUUCUCUCUCGAAAUGCAUGAGGCGAACGCAUCAGAUCUUCUGGACAUGUCCUACUGUGAUGGCUUGAUAAUCGAUUCUCCUCGUGAUCCACAUGACGGUAGCCUCAUGUAGAAGAAAAAGUUACCAACGCAAAAUGACACUUUUAAUAGCAAGAGACGAUGGACUGUCUUCCUGAAAUCCAGCAACUCCCUGUAUAAAAAUCGUGUUGCAUGUUGGAUGGAACUUGUAUCUUGUCUUGGCAAAAAUAAUUGCAUUGCUGUUCUGUUAAUGCCCCUAACUGGUUUGGAGAGCAUUUUUCUUUUGCAGGUUUGAAGAGCAUUUUGAGGGGUGUUGUAGGUCAAAUUGAACACCAUACUCGAAUGACUCGUGUUGUUGGUAACUGAAUCAAUAAAAUAUAUGCAUGUAAAAAUUCAUAA